AUGGCCUACAACGACUCGCCCAUCGCCGUCGACAGCUCCCUUCCCGCCCGCACACCGCUUGCCUUCCGCCGCGCCGAUGGCUCCCGUCGCGAGUUUUUGUUUGACGACUGCACGCAUUCCCUGCCGCUCCCGGCCGCCAGUCUGUUUUGGAACCCCGAACACCAUGCUGGCAACAACGGUAACAGCGGCAGCAGCAGCAGCAACGGCAGCAGCGGCAGCGGCAGCAACAGCAGACACAGCCACGGCCACGGCCACGGCCACGGGUAUGGCCACAGCUAUAGCCGCCGGCCGAUCCCGGCACCCCUACCCCGGUCUGUGUUGCGGCCAUUCCGUCGCGACAAUGGUGAGCCUGCCGCGGACAUUCGCUUUGUCCGAGAGACGCGGCAGUCGGUGUGUCGUGACGGAGUAGACCGGAGCCGGUGCUGUGAAUGUCGACGACGGGUGACGUCGACGUCGAAACAGGAGGCAAAAUUGGAGGCGCCGACGACACCACCCUACCGCCGGUAUAAGAUGUCGCCCCAGCGAGUCUUUCGCGACCUCAUCAUGAGCGAUGCGGCCGAACCGCUGCCGCCGCGUCUUCGCGAUGCACUCCUUAAUGCCUUCAACGCGACAGUCGAGAGGCAGUCGCCACAGCACGCACAGAAACGGAAAGCGCAACCAAGUACACGACCGCCUGCCCAGCUAGACCGGCCGCUCCUUCCAUCACCGCCACCAACGUCAACGGCAACAGCGGGCGACAAAAUCGUGGCAGGCACGUCGGUCGCCCUUGCCGAAUUCCACUGCUUCUCGCGCCUACCGUAUGAAAUACGCGUCUUGAUCUGGGAGCAGGCGUUGCCGUUCCGUGUGUUGCUCCGCGAAGAUCUCGCCUCGACAACGUACCGCAGCAUACGCCGUGUGUUCCGUCCCGCCAGCCACGUGCACACCCUUGAGAUGCUCUGGCAAUCGGACCUGUUUUAUGUCUGCGUCGAGGCGCGACGUGUCGUCGAGGCCGCCUUUGGAGGCGACACGUUCAGAUACCGUGCAUCUUCAACAGCCGCGACAGUAGGCGACGACGGCCCUCCGUCGCCCCUGGUGCGGUGCAUCACGUCGCCUAGCCGGCUACGUUCUGGCCGGGAUGUGUUGUACUACCCGUGGCUGGGCGUCGAGGCCAUCCGCAAUCACGCCAGUAGCGGUUUUGGCGGCGGCGGACCGUGGACGUUGGCUCGGGACCAUGUGCAGCAGCAACAUCACCAUCACCAUCAAGCCGCGCAUGGCUAUCCUCUGGCUGGGGCGAGCUCCAACAUUCGAACAUGGAUGUCAAAGUACGACAGCGGACGUCGUACAUCGUCUUCACCGCCGGCCUCCGACGCCGACACCAUUGCAACCCUCACCUCCGUCCCCUACGGCUGCUGGGCGAGCCAGCUGCGCCAUAUGCGCCUGCCCGCGAAGACAGUCGCCCUCGACGCCACCUGGAUCGAUCGUGGCCAUCCGGACACCAUUGCCUGGGCUGCCGGCGUGGACCUGUCGCAGGACGAGGAGGACGACCAAGACGAAGGCGACGGCCGAGAGGACAAGCCGGCCAGGGAGACGGUGGCGGCCCCCACGUCCCUCCAAGUCGUUGUGGCCGACUUGCAUGUGCCGGUACGCAUCCGCCUGGGCUCGUCGGACCGCACCAGCGGCACGACUGGCCCGACUCCUACGAACACCAACGGCAUCACCCCGGCCCAGCAACACCUCCUACGGCAGCACAUUGCACCGCAGCCGUGGCAAGACGCGCGGAGUUUCCAGCGGGCGUUGGAUCAUGGUCCCCGAUCGCAACCGUCGCUGUCGGCGUCAACGUCGGCCGCAGCGACGAUGGCCACCCCGCUCUCCACCAACCUCAACGGCAUGGACUUUUCUGUGCUCGUCGACCUCUACGACGACUGGCGCAUCGAGGAACUGCUCUCCCUACAGGGUGCCAGCGACCCAGAUCCAGACGUGGACGAUGGCCAUGACACCCACGACAGCGUCCUCAACAAGGCCGCCCUGCACCGGUGCGUUGCGUGCACGAGGCGGGCGUGGGAGGCGAGGAGCGCUGGGGACAGAGACUGCCCGGAUGGCGGAAGCAGUUGGACAACCAAGUUUGGUUCCGUGCUGGGCGCACACUUGCAGAAGCUGUGCCGGCCGACCAUUGUCUUUUCCAUUGUUCUGUCGUUUGUCGACGAGGAGGAGGUGUAA